AUGGCUGCCUCCCCGCGAUGGCCAUGGCCGCGCGGGGCCCUCCGCCACAGCCGGCAUGCCGCCGCCGGUGCGGAUCCGGCCGGCGCGGCCCAAGAGCAGGACGCCGCCGUGUCCUCGGCCACCGCCGCCCCUGCUCCUCCCUCCCGCAGCAACCGCAAGGAGCCUCUGCUCCUCACUCCCGUGGCCGCCGCUUCCUCCCUCCCGCGGUCCGCACCACCGCCGCGACGAGGCCCGCCGCCCGCCCCCGCUUCAUGCCCCGCCCCUCACCGGGCCGCACCCUCGCCUCCCGCACCUCGCCACGGCCGAGCUCCAGGGGCGCUGGCCGCGGAGGCCGCGAGCUCCAGGGGCGGCACCCCCGACCUCCAGAGGGCGGUGGUGAGUGCUGCGGUUGUGAGCUCUAGGGCAGGCUUGGAGGAUGCAGGGGUCGGUGGCGAGCUCCAGGGGCGGCCGUGA